AUGGACGACGAUAAUGUUCCGGCACCGAUUGUCUUCAAGGCCACAUACAGUGGUACUCCGGUUAUUGCAAAGGGAAUCGCUUGCAUGCGUAGACGUUCUGACUCAUGGGUGAAUGCUACACAAGUAUUGAAGGUCGCCGAGUUCGAUAAACCACAGAGAACACGAAUUUUGGAGCGGGAAGUCCAACGAGGAGUUCAUGAAAAGGUACAGGGUGGUUAUGGAAAAUAUCAAGGGACCUGGGUGCCUUUGGAACGAGCAAAGGAGAUUGCAGCCCUCUACAAUGUUGGCGAACUACUCAAACCUAUCUUCGAAUUCCGACCCUCUACCGAAUCACCCCCUCUAGCGCCCAAGCAUGUUACUGCGGCAUCUACAAAGCCAAGGCCUGCUCGAGCGCCAGCAAGAAACGCUGCGGCUGCGGCGCCUGCUAAACGUGCAGUUAAACCCCCUCCGCCACCGGUACCAGUACCAGCGCCGCCAUCUCAUGUCAGCUCCGAAGAAGAUGAAAUUGAAGAAGAUGAUUUAAGCGAUAUUGAUCCCCUCAAUGACCCUAGCUCACCUUCUAUACAAUCAUCUUCUGCAUCCGAGGGAGAUCUUUCUGAAUUGGAACUGGACGAUCCGUCUCAGCACUCCCUAAAUACAACCUUGAAGAGAAAACGAGAACAUAUGGACCAUGAGAUAAUGUCUUCGCCAGGCUUGAUCCACUCUUCACAGCAGAGAAGAAUGGCAUAUAGCGACGAACUUCUUGACUACUUCAUGGCGAACGAGAAAGGCCUUCCGGACUUUCUCAUUAACCCGCCUCCUGACUUUGAUGUAAAUGAGAUCAUCGACGAUGAGGGUCACACUGCAUUUCAUUGGGCUGCAGCAAUGGGAGAUUUACGAGUGAUAGAAUUACUAUACAAGGCUAAUGCGAACAUUUACAUGGUCAACAAACGUGGAGAGACCCCACUUAUACGUGCAGUACUCUUUACCAACAAUUACGACCAAAAGUCGUUUCCUCGGCUAGUCGAAACUCUGCGAGACACAAUAUUUCAUGUAGAUAACUACAAUUCAACAGUUUUCCAUCACAUAGCGGCAACGACAUCCUCGCGAAAUAAACUUCUAGCAGCGAGAUAUUACUACGACGUUUUACUUCAAAAACUUGGAGAGAAACACUCAAUGGCCGAGAUCGCAAGAGUGUUGGAUUUGAGAGACACCCCGGGCGACACAGCUCUCACGAUCGCGGCUCGCAACGGUGCAAAAAAAUGUGUUAGAAGCUUGCUCGCUCACAACGCUAACCCAAACAUUGCAAACAAUGAAGGCCAGACGGCCGAUCAGUAUAUUGUGGCAGUUGAGCGCCAAAGACGGAACGGCGAUUACCCCUUAGCAUCGAGUUCAUCGCCUUUCCAAUCGCAUGAUAACCACAUGCACCAUCAGCACCACAACCCCCGUUAUCAGAGACAUCCAUCCACACAAUCAGCCGCAACUGUUGCGGCAGUUAAUUAUGCCAAUGCUAGCCAUGUGCCCCGGCCUCAUAUCUCCGAGGCGGCGAUAUCGGCAACCAAGAAGAUUAUACCACAGAUGGCGGAGAUGCUCGAAGGGCUUGCAACAGCGUUCGAUAACGAGCUGCAAGACAAGGAAGAAGAUGUCAGUCAAGCACAACGGUUACUCGACAGCUCAACACACGAGAUCCAAGCCUGCAAGGCAACCUCCGAAGAGACACUGGCUCCCUUUGGUGAUGUUGCUACCAUGGAACAUCAAAUUGACUUGCUCAAGGCCGAAGCGGAGAAUCUCGCAGAGGAACUUAAGAAAAUAUUUGAACGCGGCCAGUAUUACGAGCUCUCGAACCUAGUUCGCCAAGAGGAGCAACAGAUUGAGGAUGACAAGGAGCCACUUGCAAAUGCUGACGAUCCAGACAACUUAAUGGAGAAGUUGGAAGCUGCACGUCAGCUAGCACAGGCUCAACGUGAAAGAGAAGAAUUGAGAGAGAUAAUCAUAAAAGCCCACGCAAGGAGUGGGGCAGGUGAAAAAAUGAGCGAUUACAGGCGGUUGAUAGCACUGAGCUGCUCGUUACUCACAGAAGACGUAGAAGACUUAUUACCGGAGAUAUUGAAGGACUUAGAGGCAGGGGGAGAUGGGGAUAUCAGAGAUGGGCUCAUGAUAUGA